GAAAGUGAAAGGAAAAUGGGCCCUCCUCGGGCGCCACACAGGGACCUGGACCGGCUGCGGGGCCUGUCUCCCCUCUCCCAGAACUGGCGCCGCACCCCCGGGAUGAACCCUCGCACCCCACUUGUGCUCUCCCCCAGGGGAGGGGGGAGCAUCAGUAGUGCCAGUCACACCAACACCAACGUCGCCCUAACACCAAAGGCCUCCCACAAGUCUGUCAGGGAGCCCGCCACACCCACCACUCCCUCCCGGCCCAGGCUCCUGCGCUCUGCAUCCCGGCCGGCCAGGGUCCUCGUUCCCUCUGCUACCAAUCCUGUCCCCACUGCUGCUGCCGUCGUCACCCCACGGAAAGGCUCGGCUCCCAGCAAGCUAAUCAGCAAUAAUCAGGGAGGGAGUCUUGAGAACCUUCCCAACACUGUAUCAACCCGGAGGAAAAUUUCAGCUCCAGCCAAGUCAGCAGUGCCCAAUACCAAUGCCAGGAAGAACUCAGCUGUGAUCCCCGCCCGGCCCCGCAAGUCCUCAGCACCGACCAUUAGUACUCGGAUGUCCAAGGACCACGGCGGUGCAGGCAGCAACCACCAAGGGUCCAAGGGCUCCUCCGCCUCAGCUGCCGGUGUCCCAGGAGACAAGGGCACCGGCAAGAAGGGCGCCGCGGGGCAGGAUAUGCAACCCCUGCCGACGCUGAAGGAGGAGAGAAAAACACAGUCCACAUCCAAAGGGAAGAAGAUGGAUGCCAAGGGGAAGGAGAACUCAGCCCCGCCACCCUCCAAGGGGCCUGAGGCUGCUCCCGCCCCAGUCCCCGCCCCAGCCCCCGCCCCCGCCCCCGCCACAUUCCCGGAGAAGGCCCAUCUGGAGAAGACCAUCUCGGACCUGGUGAGGAAUUCCGAGUCAAAGAAGCAGGAGAUUGCAGCGCUCAAGAUGGAGAUCAACAGACUCAAGGCAUCAGCCCGGGAACGGGACAGCCCUGUGGACGAUGAGUGUUCCAGGUGUAGCAAAUGUGGCGCCUCCUCCGACAUGCACGGUGCCGGCAAGACAACGACGACCAGUCCCACCCCCGCAGCCCUUUCCCCCGGCCCGUCCCCCGAUGUGAAGGCCUCGCUCAAUUCGCUCACCUUGGAAAACAAACUCCUGAAGGAUCGCCUCCUGCAGCUGGGCGUGUCCCUCGAGUCCUCGUCGCUGUCUGACCAGGAAAAAGAGUUGCUGCUGGGCAAGGUGUGCUCUGUGUCCCAGAAUGGUGGUGAGGGCGAAGACCCAUCCUCCUGUGCAGACCGGGGGGAUUGGGACAACAAAUCCACCUCCAGCGUGUCCGAGGUGUCCGUGGCAUGUCUCCAGGAUCGCAUACAGCAGAUGGAGGAGACUCACUACUGCACCAAUGAGGAGCUGCAAGCCACACUGCAGGAACUGGAGGACCUGCGGGAGCAGCUCACCGAGUGUACCGUGGAGGUGCAGCAACUCCAGGAAGAGAAGCAGGUCAUCCUGGAGUCCCUCACGCAGCAGACAGAGAAGCUGGCUGAGGCACGCUCUCAGAACGACACCCUCAAGCACAUGGUGAUCCAGCAGUCUGAGAACAGUCAAGAUCUGUCCCAGUGUGAGAAGACCCAGCGCCUCAUGGAGCUGCUCAAGAGUGCCCAGGAGGACCGAGAGCUGCUGCAGAUCAAGCAAGAUGAGCUGGAGCAGCAGAUGACCACCACCAAAGAGGCUGAGGAGCGCUUCCACCGGGAGACACAGCUCAUCAGAGACAGGAUGAAGUUGCAGGAGGAGAUGGUGGAGGCAGCAAACAGUGAGAAGAAGACUGCAGAGAACCAGCUGGCAGAGGCCCAGGAGAACUGCAAGGCCAUGGAGAUUGAGUCCACACGACUCAAGACGGCACUGGAGGCAGCCAAGGAGAAGAUCACUGAGCUGGAGGCUGCAGUGAUAUCAGGAGAAAAGAGCAAGCUGCCUGAUGUGCUGGAGAGGGUGAGGCAGGAGAAGGAUGCCCUGGAGAAGGAGAAUGCAGCCCUUCAGCAGCGGACCAAUGCCACUGCAUGCGAGAACGAACGACUCCGAGACCAGAUUUCUGUGAUGCAGGACGAACUCAUGGUGGCACGCAAUAAUGCCAGGAGCCAGCUGGAGGAUGCAGAUUGGAGAAAGGAGCAGCUGGAGACUGAGAGGAUGCAGCUUCAUGAUGAGAUUGAGGUACUGAAGGCUACAGUAGAGGAACUGAAGCUCACCUCCCAGCACCAUCUGGAGGACAAGAGGGAGCUAAAGGCCAGUCUGUCUGAGGUUCAGAAGAAACUCCAGGAAAGUAAAGACAGGCUUCAGGAGAAGGAUCGCUGCAUCAGUGAGGGCGAGGAUCACCUUAAGAAGAGGGUGGAAGAGUGGGAGCAGUUCAAGAAAGAUUUGCUGACAACUGUCAAAGUGGCAAACGACUUCAAGACAGAACAACAGCAUGACCUUGAAAAGGUGAAGCAGGAGAACGACUUGCUGAAGGAAAGAAACAAGCAGCUUUCAAUUGAAUUGGACAAGGCUAAGGCUGUGAAAGUGUGUGCUCCUGUAGGCAAUAGCAGCACCACCAGCCUGAACAAUGGUGGGAGUGACCGCCGCUCAGUGCGUGCUGUGCCCUCAGCCCUGCCUAAUGGUGAUCCUAGCAUCCUCACUGACCGCCGCAACACUCGUCCCCUCGCCAGAGGAGACUCGAGGGUCAAGUCUCUUAUUGAGUCCAUAGAGAGUGCGACGAGACAAACCCGCGCCGGUUCCCGCAGCUCAUCCACCUCCAGCCUCUGCAGCACAUCCAGCGAGGGGAACAUGAACAACAACAACAACAACAACAACAACAGCAAGACCAACACGUCCAUCCUGAAGCGUGCAGACACGGAGAGUAUGAUAAGAAGUGGUCCUUCUUCCCCUCUGAAGGAUGCCAGGAACACUCUUGGCUCCCAGACUGUCUCUUCACCACUUCGGGCCCUCCAGAGAAACUCUUUCUCGGAGGGCCUGGGCCAGUCCCAGUCCUUCUCUAAAUCUACGGCUGGGACUUCUAACCUUUCUACCACUGUCAAGCUGGCUGAUAAGACUACCACCAAAAUCAACAACAUGGGGCCGCCUGGAGAGAACAGUGUAUCGAAACCCAUCUCCAUCUUGAGUAACAAAUUGGACCACAGCAUGAGACGCAACAGUUAUGGCCAGAUUGGUGCUGUGGUGGACAAAAAGGAUCCAUUAGCUUCCCUAGCACAAAAUGGAGGCUCCAAGAGGAAUGGUCUAAUCAAGUGGUGUCAGAACAAGACUGUUGGCUACACCAACGUUGACAUAACCAAUUUCAGCUCUAGUUGGAAUGAUGGUCUUGCUCUUUGUGCCAUCCUGGAUACCUACCUUCCAGAGAAAAUCUGUUACAAGUCCCUCUCACCACAGAACAAAAGAGAGAACUUCCAGGUUGCAAUAUCAGCAGCAGAGUCUGUGGGUAUAACUAAUCUGCUGGAUGUCAACGACAUGAUAACAUCAGAGCGACCUAAUUGGCAGACAGUCUACAAUUAUGUCAUUUCAAUUUACUGUCACUUUGAAACUUGAACCCUUCAUGUGAAGUCUUGUACAUGCCAAGCCUCUACUUGCCCCAGAAGGCCCCUCUGGGAUUGACCUGCAAGGUGCCGUGCCACCUCCAGGAGUGUGUGGUCUCCUUCCAUAGAGCAGCCCUGCUAAUCUGUCGCAACACAUUGAUGCGGCAUUUUUAAACAUGACAUUAGAUCAUAUUUUUGUACAGUCAUUGCAUGUAGGGAAGAUUAAGUAUAUAUGAUUAUCACUUAGUUAUUGUGAAGUGCCUUUUUUUAAGAGAAAUAUACAUAUGUUUCUUCAUUAUAUCUCUACUUUUGUUGUGUGGUUUCUUUCUAUUAAAUGUAAGAGCUGUGUUUUCCGUGUACCAGAACUUGAUGACUGCGUUACCUUUCCGAGAACCAUAUUUAUAUAUGAAUAAGGAAUGAAUCUGUCUAGUCUGAUUUACUUUUUUUUUUUUUUUUUUUUUUUUUUUAUGGAAAAAGACAAGUAUAAAAUCUUGCUGUUCUUACCUGGCUGUGUGAAGACCAGAGAUGUUUAUAGUCUAAGUUUCUCCAGUACAAAGAGGAACACAUACUGGCGACGUGUCUCUGAUCCUCUGCCGGGCGGGAGGGGGGGAGGGAGGGAUGGUGGCGGUGGUGGUGCUGGUGGUGGUGGUUGGUGGUGGUGCUCCAGGAAGGUACUGUCAAGAAAGUAGCUGUGAUAACUUCUCAACAACUUCCAGUUUUAAUUACUCAUUGCCCAUUGCUUAUUAGUGUGCCUGCCUGCCCGCCAGUGUGCCAGCAGGUAAAACUCUGGCUUCAGUUGGCUGGGUACUAACUGAGCUGUGAGGGUUACAAUGCUGGGGGCUUACAGUGGUAUUUACCAACAUUAACUAUUAUGCAUGAAGCAAAAUGACUCAAUCAUGUCAACUAGCCUUUGAGGUCAACAAUUAGCUUUGUUUUCUAAUAUAACUUGAAAUUCACACAUGCGUGAAUACCUGUAAUCAAGCUGUGCCUUACCUAUUUAUCAAGAAACCUGCUUAUAAAGAAUAAACUGUAAACAUAACAGAAUGCAUGCUUCCAUGAAGUCAGGAGAGGUGGGUGGGUGUCUCGGUUCACCACACCAGGGUGGCUCCAAGUGGUCGUGCUGUAGGGAGCAUCACAUCCACUGAGUUUUGUAUAAAGUGUUCAGCUUUUUAUCCUUUAAUGUCUUGGUCUUGUGUCAUUAUAUUGUACAAAGUUUUGUAAUCACAGUUCAGUGGACCUAUUGCAGUGGCUUUGUAUUUUUGCUUGUAAAUAGUUAAUAUGUAGGAUUAUGGUGAUUACAUUAUGCAGUACAUAUAGUGCAACAGUGCAUGUAUGCUUGCAAGUUCCUAUAGCACACAUGGAUGCAGUAUUAUAAUAAACACUGAAGCUUAAA